UCCCAUCCCUUUAAAACCCUCCGACCAGGGCGAAUUGGAGAUGCCAAAGAUCGAAGGCAGAGAAGGGGGUUGCAAAUUUAAAACUUGCCCCUUUUACAACCCUCUUCUCUGCUUUUUCUUUACUCUGCAAAGAGUCCCCUUUCCUCAUCGUCGAUUCGAUUUGUAGGGGUGCAUUUCUGCUGCGGUGAGUAACCUCGCAAGGAUUGCCAUUGUUUUCAUUUCAUCUUCCAGUUCAGUUUUCUGGGAGAAAAAAGCUCCAACAAUGGCGGAACCGAAACCAGAUGAAUCAUUACCCAAAUCCCCUUCAAGGAGGCUCCCAGAUUUCAAGCAAUCCGUUAAGCUGAAAUAUGUAAAGCUUGGCUACCACUACCUAAUCACCCAUGGCAUGUACCUCUUCCUCACUCCAUUAGCUGGUAUCAUCGCCGCCCAAGUCUCCACCUUUUCUCUCCAAGACUUGUAUGACCUAUGGGAUCAUCUCCGCUUCAAUCUAAUAUCAGUCAUUCUUUGCUCCACGCUCCUUGUCUUCCUCUCCACCCUUUACUUCCUCAGCCGCCCAAAGCCUGUGUACCUUGUCAAUUUCGCCUGUUAUAAGCCAGAUGAAGCUCGAAAAUGCCCUCGCCAGAUUUUCGUAGAUAGGUCUCGGUUGACGGGUUCAUUCACUGAUGAAAACCUUGAGUUCCAAAAGAAAAUCCUUGAAAGAUCCGGCCUUGGUGAAACCACUUAUCUUCCUGAGGCGGUUAUGAAUGUUCCACCCAAUCCUUCAAUGGCUGAGGCCAGGAAGGAGGCUGAGACUGUCAUGUUUGGAGCCCUCGACGAGCUCUUUGCAAAGACCAAUCUGAAACCAAAGGAUGUAGGGAUUUUGAUUGUGAAUUGUAGCCUGUUCAAUCCAACCCCUUCCCUCUCUGCGAUGAUUGUUAACCACUACAAGCUUAGGGGAAAUAUUGUUAGCUAUAAUCUCGGUGGGAUGGGUUGCAGUGCAGGCUUGAUCUCCAUUGAUCUUGCCAAGCAGCUGCUUCAAUCCCAUCCCAAUUCCUAUGCUUUGGUUGUGAGCAUGGAGAACAUCACCUUGAAUUGGUAUUUUGGCAAUAAUCGUUCGAUGCUCGUCUCCAAUUGCCUUUUUCGCAUGGGUGGAGCUGCAAUCCUUUUAUCAAACAAGAGAUCGGACCGAAGGAGAUCCAAAUACCAGUUGAUUCAUGCCGUUCGAACGCACAAAGGAGCUGAUGAUAAGUGCUAUACUUGUGUGACUCAGGAAGAAGAUGCUACUGGGAAGAUUGGAGUCUCUCUCUCAAAGGAUCUUAUGGCUGUUGCUGGUGAUGCUCUGAAGACCAACAUCACUACAUUGGGUCCUCUAGUCCUCCCCAUGUCGGAGCAGCUGCUUUUCUUCGCUACUUUGGUUGGUAGGAAGCUUCUCAAGAUGAAGAUUAAACCAUACAUCCCAGAUUUCAAGUUGGCAUUUGAACAUUUCUGCAUUCAUGCUGGUGGAAGGGCUGUGUUGGAUGAGCUGGAGAAGAAUUUGCAGCUCUCUGAAUGGCACAUGGAGCCAUCGAGGAUGACAUUAUACCGAUUCGGGAAUACUUCAAGCAGCUCCCUGUGGUAUGAACUGGCUUACACUGAAGCUAAGGGAAGGAUUAGAAAGAAGGAUAGGAUUUGGCAGAUUGCAUUUGGUUCUGGUUUCAAAUGCAAUAGUGCCGUUUGGAAGGCUUUGAAGACUGUUAAACCCGAAAAGGAGAAGAACCCAUGGAUGGAUGAAAUUGAAAACUUCCCAGUCAUAGUUCCAAGGGUAGCAGCAAUCAACUGAAGUCUUGAUGCAGCUUUAAUUAUCUCAUAAUCAGUAAUUUCGAAGAUUUGGUUGAUCAUUUAUUGUAAUCUAUUAGUUAGAACAUUUGCUCUUUUUUAAGUUGUAGUACAGAAGCUUGCUGAUGGAAUGGAUCACAAGGAAUGGUUUCUCUUGUAAGUUUGCUUCUUUUCUUUGCCUCUGGAGAAUAAACUAGCUUAUUUAGUUAGCUUGUGCUGUUUCUCUGGCAAGUUCACGGAGGCUUAAGAGGGAUGGAUGUUGACCUUAUUUGUUCUAUUUGUAUUCACAAUUCAAUUGCUGGGGGCAACUCAGCAAUGCAUAAGAUUGUUUUGUUU